ACGCUACCAAUGGACCAACCUUAUUAGCAUCACUAUCAUCCUCCGCAAAGAUCCUUGUAUUCUUAUAACACAAUCUCUCUGAUUGCAAGGAAACAAACGAAUCAAAGCCACGCCAGAGAGCGCACAGAAAAGGAGAAGAAAAGGUUGGAAAGAAAGGGCAGCGUUUCGACGGAACUGGGCGUCAGUCAGUGGGCAAAUGAUGAUGAUGAGCAAGCUUUUGAUUCGAAAACGCCUUUUAACGUUUGCUCGCUGCAGUUGUUGAAAAAAAAUGGGUAGACCCAUCUUCCCCUUCGCCGCCGUCUCCACCACCAACUUCUCCUCUGCCCACCGCCACCAGCUACCAUUGAGCCGCUGCUUUCACUUGCGAUCCAAGUCUCUCUCGCUUUCACCAUGACCUUCUUCUCCUCCUCCUCCAUUUCCAACCGCCAUAAACCCUCUAUUGAAUUUGUAUCUCCCUCGCGAAUCCGAAACCACCCUCGUUGCCGACGUUCCCAUGGACCCCACCGCUCGCCCUGCCGUCGUCAUCGACAACGGCACUGGGUAUACUAAGAUGGGUUUCGCAGGAAAUGUUGAGCCUUGUUUCAUUCUACCGACAGUAGCUGCAGUGAACGAGUCGUUUCUCAAUCAAUCUCGGGCUUCCUCCAAGGCGAAUUGGCUCGCCCAGCAUAGCGCCGGGGUGUUGGCCGAUCUGGACUUCUUCAUUGGGGAUGAAGCGAUUGCCAAAUCGAGAUCUAGUAGCACUUACAAUCUUAGCUACCCGAUUCAACAUGGGCAAGUUGAGAAUUGGGAUGCCAUGGAGAGGUACUGGCAGCAGUCUAUAUUCAAUUACUUGCGGUGUGAUCCCGAGGAUCAUUACUUCCUUUUGACCGAGAGUCCGCUCACGGCGCCGGAGAGUAGGGAAUACACCGGUGAGAUUAUGUUCGAGACGUUCAACGUCCCUGGCCUAUACAUUGCCGUCAAUUCUGUCCUCGCCCUAGCUGCCGGGUAUACAACAUCUAAGUGCGAGAUGACAGGCGUUGUGGUCGAUGUUGGGGAUGGUGCUAGUCACGUUGUCCCAGUUGCUGAAGGCUAUGUCAUUGGAAGCAGCAUCAAAUCAAUUCCAAUUGCUGGACAAGACAUUACUCUUUUUGUCCAACAGCUUAUGCGGGAAAGAGGAGAGAAUGUACCGCCCGAGGAUUCAUUUGAAGUAGCCCGUAAAGUCAAAGAAAUGUAUGGCUACACUUGUUCUGAUAUUGUCAAGGAGUUUAACAAGCAUGAUAAAGAACCAGCCAAGUAUAUUAAACAAUGGAAAGGUAUCAAACCUAAAACCGGGGCGCCAUACUCUUGUGAUAUUGGCUAUGAGCGAUUCCUUGGCCCUGAGAUUUUCUUUAAUCCUGAGAUCUACAGCAGUGACUUUACGACUCCUCUACCGGAUGUAAUUGACAAAUGCAUUCAGUCUGCACCAAUUGACACCAGGAGGGCUUUAUACAAGAAUAUAGUAUUAUCCGGAGGAUCAACCAUGUUCAAGGAUUUCGGUAGAAGGUUGCAACGAGAUAUGAAAAAGAUUGUGGACGCACGAGUUAAGGCAUCUGAAGCCAUACUUGGUGGUGAUAUUAAGGCUCAACCGGUGGAAGUAAAUGUUGUCAGCCACGCUAUACAGAGAUAUGCUGUUUGGUUUGGAGGUUCAGUACUAGCUUCCACUCCUGAGUUUUUUGCGGCUUGCCACACAAAAGAAGAAUAUGAAGAACAUGGAGCAAGCAUAUGCCGCACGAAUCCUGUUUUCAAGGGAAUGUAUUAAUUACUUGGUACAACAGCUGAAGCUUCAAUCAGCAGACUAGUUGGAGGCGUUCCUCGUGAUUAGAUACGAUCCUGUAAGCUGAAUCGUGCACCAUGACUCGCCAUUCUCCCCCCUUCGCCAUCUGCUUCGGCAUUCAAGUAUUGUAUAUGGGGGAUAGUUGCUUAGAAACUGCAAGAAAAGGAGAGAUGGAUUCCCUCACUGGUUAAAAUGCUGCGGGUCACCCAGUCAGGAGUUAACAGGGUGCAGAAUCAAUUUGGUUCAAUUGGGUAGGUCUGUUUGGUUCAGAGAUGGUAGGGUUUAGAUAGGAACUGUAAUUUUAGGCAGUCCUUGAUUAGUUUGAGCUGGAAUUUUUAAUCUUUUCAGCUCGUUUUUAGAGUACGAUGAAUAUUCUUUUUCUGGCCCUGGUUUCCUUGCAUUUACGAGGAUGUUGGAUCACUACAGAAAUAUGGUCAUUCAUUUUUCAUGAAUUGGAUAAAUGAAAGUUAUUGUUUCAAGUCAAAA